CCCUCUCUUCUGAUUGGGCCGGGGGCCAGCCGCGCCUUCCGGGCUCGGGCUCGUGCACCCGCGAGGGCGGGCUGCGGCGGUGGGCGGAGUCGGCGGGCGAGGCUGUGAGCUCAGAGCCCGGGAUUGCGGGCCAGCUGCAGCCGACGGCCUCCGCCACCCGCCCUGGAGCUGCGCCGCGUCGGCUUGCAACCCAGCUGAGAGUGUCAAGAGUAUGUGACUCUGGCUUCCACUGGCCACAUCCUUGUGACCUUCCCACCACGGCGGAGCCUUCCAGACACACCUGUUGCCGUGUGGUGAUCUACCUGCAGCGGGAGAUGUCAGGGGAUACCUGUCUGUGCCCCCCCUCGGGGGCAAAGCCCAAGCUAAGUGGCUUCAAAGGAGGUGGCCUGGGCAACAAAUACGUUCAGCUCAAUGUGGGCGGCUCCUUGUACUACACUACGGUGCGGGCACUCACCCGGCAGGACACCAUGCUCAAGGCCAUGUUCAGUGGGCGCAUGGAGGUGCUGACUGACAAAGAAGGCUGGAUCCUCAUAGACAGAUGUGGAAAGCACUUUGGCACCAUUUUGAAUUACCUCCGUGAUGACACCAUCGUCCUUCCUCAAAACCGGCAAGAAAUCAAGGAAUUGAUGGCUGAAGCAAAAUAUUACCUCAUUCAGGGGCUGGUGGACAUGUGCCAGGCUGCCCUGCAGGACAAGAAGGACUCAUACCAGCCCGUGUGCAACAUCCCCAUUAUCACAUCUCUGAAGGAGGAGGAGACUCUCAUUGAAUCUUCCACCAAGCCUGUGGUGAAGCUGCUGUACAACAGGAGCAACAACAAAUAUUCGUACACCAGUAACUCUGAUGACCACCUACUAAAAAACAUCGAACUAUUUGACAAGCUCUCGCUGCGCUUCAAUGGCCGUGUGCUCUUCCUCAAGGAUGUCCUAGGAGAUGAGAUCUGCUGCUGGUCCUUCUAUGGCCAAGGUCGGAAGUUGGCUGAGGUAUGCUGCACCUCCAUUGUGUAUGCCACGGAGAAGAAGCAGACCAAGGUGGAAUUCCCAGAGGCCCGAAUCUAUGAGGAAACACUUAAUGUCUUACUCUAUGAGACCCCCCGAGUCCCCGACAACUCCCUAUUGGAGGCAACAAGCCGUAGCCGCAGCCAGGCCACUCCCAGUGAAGAUGAGGAAACCUUUGAACUUCGGGAUCGUGUCCGCCGCAUCCAUGUCAAGCGCUAUAGCACUUAUGAUGACCGGCAGCUUGGCCACCAGUCAACCCAUCGAGACUGACAGGACCCUUGGGGAGUUGGGGUACUGAACACCCUGUCUCCCCAUCUGUGCAGCCCUGCUCCGUGGGUCAGCCCUCACUGCUGCUGUUGGCUGAGCCCCUGCUCCAGCAUCCAGAGAACUGAUAGGCCCUGUCUGGGAGGACCAAGGGUCUGAAAGGGACGGGGGCCACCUUCUUUACCUUAUAUCCGAGCACUUCUGAGAUGACUACGUCAGGCCCCUUGGUUUUCAGGCAUCCUUCUAGCCUGCUAGGGAGCUGCUUCUGCCCCCAGGGUGAACUACCCUGUCACCUCACUAAGAACAGCCUCCCUGGCCCUUGCUGAGCACGCUUUGCUCUGCUGAAGAGACACCCCAUUGCUCAGCUCUUGUGGGAAUGGCUUCACUCUGGGAAAGGAAGCAGCUGUUGCCAUGGAGGCCAGUAGCUUAUAGGUUAGGCUCUUUUUU